GUUCAUCAUCCUUCACCAGCCUAUUUCUUCUACUGAAAUCUUGUGUCAUACAAUAUCAGUAACAAUAAUGGGAUAUUGGAGACUGUUUUUCUUACUUUCUCAUGUCAUCGUAAAUUUUGUUGGCCUCACGAAUGCGCAGCCUAAUUUCUUAGGCUAUCGCUGUGGAGUCAAUGUCACUACAAGCAAGUAUGAGGCAAACAAGAACACCCUACUCUCCUCCCUCUCCACCAAUGUUGACAGAUAUGGCUUUUACAAUUCCUCCGUCGGCGAAAACACUGACAAAAUAAACGCAGUUGUGCUUUGUCGAGGAGAUCUUGAGCUAGAUGUCUGUCGCAGUUGUGUUAACGACUCUAAUAGUAUGCUCGUGCAGCUUUGUCCAAACUGCAAGGAGGCAAUUGGAUGGUAUGAUAAUUGUAUGUUAAGGUUCUCAAGUCGAGACAUAUACCGCACUGUCCAAUAUGAACCAAAAGUAUUUUACUGGAACCCACUUGAAGCACCAGACGUGGUUCAGUUUAAUCGGUCACUGAGGAUCUUAGUGGACAGGCUAAGGAACAAAGCAGCAUCGGGUGGUCCUUUGAGAAAGUAUGCUGCAGGGAACAUUAGUGUCUCUAACAAUCAGACCAUAUAUGCGCUUUCACAAUGCACUCCUGAUUUGUCUGAGCAACAAUGUAUCAAUUGUUUAGAUUUGGCUGCAGGGGAUAUUCCGAAGUGUUGUUAUAGAAAAAGAGGAGGAAGAAUUCUAGUACCCAGCUGUGUUCUUAGGUUUGAGAAUUACCCUUUCUUUAAUGAAACUCCGGCAAGUGCACCUCAAUCGCCACCUCUAGGCAAGGACCAUGGGACAACUGGACUUGGCACAACUCACACCGUUAUCAUUAUUAUCAGUGUAAUUGUGAUUUCUGUGAUUCUUAUUGUUUGCCUUUGUAUAUUUCAAAAAAAGAGGAUGCAUAGGGAGCCAAAGGAGGAAACUGAGAAAGCCGUGGAUGAAAUUAGCAGCAUAGAAACCUUGCAGUAUGACUUUGAGACAAUAAAAAGUUCUACGGAUAACUUUUCUAACAAUAACAAGCUUGGAGAGGGCGGAUUUGGGACUGUUUACAAGGGUAAGCUUCCAAACGAAAAAGAAAUAGCUGUGAAGAGGUUGUCCUCCGAUUCCGAACAAGGUGAAGUAGAAUUCAAGAAUGAAGUGUUGUUGCUGGCGAAACUUCAACACAGGAAUUUGGUUAGGCUCUUAGGUUUUUGCCUAGAAGGAACAGAAAGGCUUCUUAUAUAUGAGUUUGUGCCCAAUGCAAGUCUCGAUCAUUUCAUAUUUGAUCCACUCAAACGAGCAUAUUUGGAUUGGGAUCACCGCUUCACCAUCAUUGGAGGCAUCGCCAAGGGACUUCUUUAUCUUCAUGAGGAUUCUCGGCUUCGGAUUAUUCAUCGUGAUCUGAAAGCUAGUAACAUUUUGUUGGAUAAUGAAAUGAACCCAAAAAUUUCAGAUUUUGGAAUGGCAAGACUUUUUGCGCUUGAUGAAACUCAAGGCAAUACGAGUAGGAUUGCAGGCACCUAUGGGUAUAUGGCACCAGAAUAUGCAAUGCAUGGGCAAUUCUCGGUUAAGUCAGAUGUCUUCAGCUUUGGUGUGUUAGUUCUAGAAAUUGUAAGUGGUGAAAAGAACAACUGUUUUCGACAUGGGGAGAAUAUAGAGGAUCUUCUAAGCAAUGCUUGGAAAAAUUGGCAGGAUGGGACGACAACAAAUCUGAUAGAUCCCGAAUUGAAGGUUGGUUCAGGUUCAAUGCAAGACAUAAUUAGAUGCAUUCACAUUGGUUUGCUAUGUGUUCAAGAAAAUGUAACUGAAAGACCACCCAUGGCUUCUGUUGGUCUCAUGCUUAGUAACUACUCUCUCACUCUCCCGGCGCCUUCAGAACCCGCAUUCUUCUUACAUAGUAGCAUUGAUCCUGAAAUGCCAGUGCUUCAAAAGUUUGAUUUGGGGACGACUCAAUCAAGUCAACCAAAAAGUAAAUCGGAAAAUGUGUCAGUAAAUGAGGUUUCAAUCACGGAUGUAUAUCCUCGUUAGUGCUAUUUGAGGUUACAAACAAUAAUGAUAAGCAUGUUGGUAAUAUUUUGGUUUAUGUUGUUUGUUUUACAUCGGAGCUUUUGUUGAUAGGGUUCGAAGAUGACAAAUGAUCCUUCUUGAGAACCUAUCUAUUUUACAGGUUUAUGUAUUGUAUUAUUCUAUAUCUUUGUCGGUGUUUCAAAACAUUCUUAUUCUAGAGUGUUGUCAAAUUCCCCCAGCAUUGGUUGUGGAGAAAAUGUAACUUGUUUGAUAUAUAUUAUGCCGC